UGUCAACUGUCACUAUCAGUAGUCAGUGUCAGUGUCAACAAAAAUAAUUUAGCAGGUAUUUUUGUACUUUGUUGUUUUUAUGUUUAGGAUUAAUUACAAUGUCCAAAAUGCUGAAACCCAAAGCAUUAACUCAAGUAUUAAGCCAAACCAAUACUGGUGGUGUGGAAACAACAUUGUUACUGAAUUCAGAAGGCUCCCUUUUAGCAUACAGUGGUUACGGAGAUAAAGAUCCCAGAGUAACUGCAGCAAUCGCAAGCAACAUUUGGAGCGCCUAUGAGAGAAAUGGUCGAAAUGUUUUUCGAGAGGACCACCCACAGAUAAUCCUUAUGGAAUGCCAAGAAGGCCGAAUAGCCAUAACACAAGUAGCUAAUUUACUGCUGUGUCUUUAUGCAAAAAGUGUUGUUGGCUUUGGUAUGUUAAAACAGAAAGCAACAGCUUUGGCAUUGUAUUUAGAGGGACCGUUAAAGCAGGUGGCUUCAUCUGAGAAGUAAUUUAGAUGUUAAGGAAUACUUUAGAUUUUUAAUUGUUACUUUAGUUUUUGUAAAUAAAAUAAAAUAUACAUUUUAUAUUCUAAA